AUGUGGGAUCUCAAUGACUCGCCGGCCGCCGAGGCGGCACACGCGCCGCUGUCCCCCUCCGUCGACGACUCCGGCGCCUCAUCCUCCUCGGCCGCCGCGGUGGUGGAGAUACCCGACGACGGCGAGGACGACUCCGCCGAGGCCGUCGUCACGCGCCAGUUCUUCCCCCCGGCCGCCCCGGGCGAGGGCGCCGCCGGGAACGGCCGCGCGGCGUGGCUCCGCCUGGCCGGCGCUCCCGCGCCCGCCGUGGCCGCAGCUGCCGCGGCCGCCGCAGGAGGAGGAGGAGGAGGAGGCGGAGGCCCCGCGGCGUCGGCGGCGGCCAAGAAGAGCCGGCGCGGGCCGCGGUCGCGCAGCUCGCAGUACCGCGGCGUCACCUUCUACCGCCGGACGGGCCGGUGGGAGUCGCACAUAUGGGAUUGCGGCAAGCAGGUCUAUCUGGGAGGAUUCGACACUGCUCAUGCGGCGGCUCGGGCGUACGAUCGGGCGGCGAUCAAGUUCCGCGGCAUGGAGGCCGACAUCAACUUCAGCCUGGAGGAUUACGACGACAUCAAGCAGAUGGGCAACCUGACCAAGGAGGAGUUCGUCCACGUGCUCCGGCGGCAGAGCACGGGGUUCCCCCGGGGCAGCUCCAAGUACCGGGGCGUCACGCUCCACAAGUGCGGCAGGUGGGAGGCGCGGAUGGGCCAGUUCCUCGGCAAGAAGUACGUCUACUUGGGGCUGUUCGAUACCGAGGAGGAAGCCGCCAGGUCGUACGACCGCGCGGCCAUCAAGUGCAACGGCAAGGACGCGGUGACAAACUUCGAUCCCAGCACUUACGCCGAGGAGUUCGAGCCCACGGCUUCGGCCGGCGACGCCGAGCAGAACCUGGACUUGUCGCUGGGGAGCUCCGCGGGGUCCAACAAGAGGGGCAGCCUCGACGGCGGCGACGACGACGGCGCGGCCGGGCCCGACCAGCGCGUCCCCAUGGCCUUCGAGCUCGACUGGCAGACGGCGGCGGCGCGGAGCACCAAGGCCAAGUUCGACCAGAGCUUCACGCAUCACCAGAUGCCCCCUCCGCUCCUGCAAGCCUCCCACAUGCCCUUCAGUCCCAGGCAUCACCAAUUCAUGGGCAACGGUGAUCCGGGGACAGCGGGAGGCCCGUCGCUGACGGUCGGCGCCGGCGGCGGGGGCGGGCACUGGCCCCUGCCUCCGCACCACCAAUACCAGCCGCCGCCGCCUCCGCAGCAGCAGCAGCAGCAGCAGCAGAGGCUGCAUGGCUGGGGCAACGUCGUCCCCGGCACGAGCUGGCAGCCGCCCCAGCCGCCGCCGCACCACCAGGCGGGGCCGCCGCCGAACAACGCUGCCGCCGCCGCAGCAGCAGCCGCAGCAUCAUCACGAUUCCCACCCUACAUCGCCACGCAGGCGCAGAGCUGGCUCCAGAAGAACGGGUUCCACUCGCUGGCCCGCCCCACCUAG